CAGGUCGCCCUGCCUCCGCAGCCUGCAGGUGUGCCCUCAAGCAGGCCACUGCUGCCUGGCCAUGGAGCCCACUGCUUCCCUCUUCCUCCUGCUGCUGCUGGUGUUGGCUUCGCCCGCCAGUGCCCAGCGCCGCAAGAAGCCCCCCGCCCGGGAGAACCCCAUUGACAAGGUCCGAGUCCAGGCAAACUUCAACUCUGGCCAGUUUGUGGGGAAAUGGUUCCUGGUUGGGGUGGCAUCUCGAUGCAACUACCUGAGUGAGAACAGCAACCAGCUCGAAGCCACGAAUGUGGUCGUGUCUGUGCCCAGCACACCAACAGUCCUGAAAGCCUUGCUGGUGGACACCUUCCGCCCGCUGCCGCGGCAAGCCGGUGGACGUCGUGGUGGGAGAAACAGACUACAGCAGCUAUGCCAUCGUGUACUAUCAGAAGGACCGGAAGAUCUCGGCAAAGCUUUACGGGCUGCUGUGAGUAUCCAGUCAUGGAGGAGGCUUCUCGUUGCAUCUCUGUGUGAAUCCCUGGAAGGACGAACCAUCCGGGUCAGCCAGGCCAUCAUGGGAACAUUUGAGCGGCAUGUGGCAGCCAUUGGCAUGAACGAGGACGUUACCUUUUACUUCCCUGUCUAUGGGUUUUGUGACUCUGCUGACGAGUUUCACUUGUUGGAUGAGACCAAGUACACAGGGAAACGGUGAAGUCCAAGGAGAUGGACAACGGCCUACACAGGGCCACGUGGGGAGGAGCAGUCCCUGUUGGAUCCGGCCCUGCCCUAACAGGGGACAGUGGUGCAGACCUAAGGAAUAAAGUGAAUCCAAGGAAAACAGUUUUAAUGCAUUCAAAAAAAGAAAGCGUGGCUUGUGCUGCCAGGCUUUAAGGUGUAGAUUUUCAGUAUCUAAGGCCUUCCCUAAAAGCCACGCCGGCUAGGGGUGAUGGAAGUUUUAAAGCUAUCCACCAAUCUGGAUGGCUUUAAAAGGGGGUUGGAUAAAUUCCUGGAGGAGGCAAAGGCUAUCAAGGGCUACUAGCCCUGAUGGCUGUGUGCUACCUCCAGUAUCCGAGGCAGUAAGGCUGUGCGCACCAGUUGCUGGGGAACAUGGGUGGGAGGGUGCUGUUGCACUCAUGUCCUGCCUUGUUGGUCCCUGGCCGAUGGCUGGUUGGCCCCUGUGUGAACAGAGUGCUGGACAAGAUGAACUCUUGGUCUGAUCCAGCCUCAGGGCUCUUCUUACGUUCUUAUGUUCUUAGUCCAACACAUCUGGAGGACACCAGGUUGGGAAAGGGUGGUGUAGACAGGCUGGAUUUUAUCCGAACCUGGCAUGUUUGCAAAGCACAAGAUGACUGUCACAGACUUCUUCUUCGACUCAGGAGCUCAAAUCUUGCGUGGUGCUGAAACUGAGCUUGCAACACCAUUGCUGUGGCCGCAUCAGAGGAAAGGACCUGAGCUGUGUUACGAAGUGUGAGUCAGCUGGCAGAGGGCCGGAGGCCAGCUGCAAAUGUCUGGCUGAUCGGCUCGCGAAAUGCAGUGCUUUGGCUUUUGAUUUGGCCAAUGGGUUCGCAAGACGCAUCAUGCAAUGGCAGCUGGUUAUGAAAAGCGCGUUGCUCAGGAGACGUUGCAGGUGAAAUGGAAGGAAAUGUGGGCUAAGUCGAGAGGUGAAAGGACCCCCGCCACCCCGGUUGCAGUUGGGAAACUGGCAGGAUCUACACGACUGCUUUGAAACAGUUUAUAGCCUUAGUGACAACGGUUGGGGCCCGGGACACAGAGCUCCACAGGCGGUUUUCAAACGGUUUUCAAAGGGUCACAUCCUGCUUGGUGUAGAUCUGGCCUGAGUCUCCAAAUGCCCGCAGUGAUGCAGAACGGCCACCUGACGGUAUCCAGCGUUCCCCUUUCCAAACACAGCUACAUUUUCCGCUGGCCUGAUUUGCCCAGGUCACGUGCUCCCCUGGUACAGCCUUCUCCAACCUGGCACAUUCCAGAUGUGUUGGACUACAAGUCCCAUUACCCCCCACGUGCAGAGCUUCCGAGGUGCUGCAUGGGUGGUGACCGCUUGCGUGAGGCCGAAGGGAGCGUUCUCUCGGCAGCGGCGUUGCCUCUCUUGCCCCGGCUGCCAUGAGGCCAGGCGUUCCCGUCGCCCGUUGUUCUGGGGCUGGAACUUUCCACCGCACUCGGGGUUGUGCUGAGCCGGCAGCGCUGAGCCCCCCUCCCCCCCGCAGAGCGCCUGUGCUAGCAAAGUCUGCUUGAUGCUAUCAUUCCUGCUCCGCUUGUUUGCACGUGUUGUUUACCCACAAAAACCUCAUGCUGUGCGCUGUGUGCCUCCAGGCUGCAGAGCCAGGAUGUGUCCAGAACCAAAAUCCCGCUUCAUCUGUUGAAUUUUGCAUUGAGGUCUCCACUGCCACCAUCUCUGAGCGGACUGACAGGCGGCCAUUCAGAGGUUUUCUCCUGGCCUGGGUCUAAAGUAGCAAAGGGAAAAUUCCUGUUCUUAAACAUUUCUGCCUAUCAGGCUGCUGUUAAAGGGACAGGACCUGAAAAAAAGCAGUGUGGCUGGCAGAAAUACGACAGGUGUAGCUUCUAGUGGAAUGGAGUAAUGCCCAAGGGAAGGCCUGUUUGGUUUUGUUCUGACUUCUCUUUGUGCGGUUUUUGAAGGUGCCUAUCAGAAGAGAAAAGGUGGCAACUUUAUUAGCAAUAGAGAGCAGUUUCCCCCUCUUUUAUGUAAGUGAGGGUGCAAUCCUAGGCAUGUUUAAACAGAAAAAAGCCCUACAAUUCCAUGGCUGGGGCAUGCUGGGAGUUUUAGGACUUUUUCCUAUCAAAACAUGCCUCGGAUUGUGCCCUGAAGGGCUGAGUCUAUAUGCCUUCCUUCCUAUUGCCAAAUGGGGAUGCCAGUGGGCAUAUCUUCUGCCCUAUAUGUAGCCGGGGGAAUUGGUGUGUGCGUGUGUGUGCGCUUUCGCCCUCGUAGUAGUGCAGUGUUGGGGCAAUGCGCAUUCGCUGAGCUUUGCUCCACUUUUCUCCGCUCUGACUCGGUUGCCUUCUUUGUGAGGGUGGGGGGAGGCUGCCGUUGGAGUUGUGGAAUGUGACACACACACCCCGUCACUCUGCACUGCAGCCGUGGGUGGGGGGCAGCAGUGAAAAGGAAAGCUGUUCCCUUACGCAAACAACUCUUACAUAACUUUAUUUUGGCAAGGCUGAACAAAGCUCUUGGAGUGAGUGUGUGUGUGUGUGUGUUUGGUGGUGGGGUGGGUGUGAGAUCAGUUGACAAGGGGGGUGAGGGAAAUUGCAGAACGGCUCCUGCUGAGAGUUCAACGCUUCUUACACAAUCCUAGUCUAGCCUUGGCUUUCAAAAAUUGUGCACUUGUGACAAUUUUACACUCCCCCCCCCAAACACACACACAUGAAGGCGCUCAGAGCAGUUUUUGUCUUGGGGAGGGGGAGUGUUGCUUCAUUUCGUGUCCUAAUCGAGGCUUUUGCCAGGUACACCGGGGGAGGGGGGGUCUCUUCCUAACACUCUGCCUCUCCCUGUUGCAGAAGCAGCAGCAGAGCCAUGGUGCGGCUUCUCUGGCUUCCUUCAACGUCUCCCUUCAAGACUCCCCCCUCUCCCAUUCCCGUCCACUUCCAUCGGCGCCCAUCGCAUAUUCUCCCCCAUGUGGAACGUCAGAUUGUAGGUCUCCUGGGGCAGGGAUCUCUCCCCUUGGACUUCCUAAAAGGUCACAGUGGCGCUGUACAAACCACGGUUGCAAGAGUCGUUUCAGCUCCGGUUUUGUUGGCGGCGGCGGCGAUGGACAAGACACCAACUCCAUCUGGCCAAGUGGCAGCGUGCAGAGGGAGAGCGCGCCCUUGCACCGACUUCCUUUGGCACUUGUGCAAAGCAGGGGCGGUGGACUCCAAGGCCUCUUUCCAGUCAUGGGGUGGGGUGGGGCGGUCCCAGCCAGACCCCAAACUCAUCAGCCCCUCGGGCUCCGAUAGGAACAUAAGAACAGAAGAAGUGCCGUGCUGAUGAAGAUGCAAUUGCAAAUAGAAUGGUCAUAAAAGCCUUUUAAUUUGAUCUCAUAAUGAAAAUUGCAGCCUGCGGAUGAUGGUGCCACCACUGACAAGGCUGUGCAUCUGCGAGUUGAAUCUCCUGUAUCAGCAGACCCCAACUCUGGAGAAAACUAACCAGAGUCCCCCCAUGUCACAGAUGUCUUCACACAGUGCAGAGUCAAAUUAUGGAAUUGGCUACCACAUGAUGUAGUGAUGGCCACUAAUUUAAUCCACAUUUAGCAAAUAUCUCACAACUGUACCAGGGCUUUGACAUCUGGAGUCUUCAUGGGUUUAAGGAUCAGCAUCGAUUCUCCCACCCCCAUUCUUUUUGCUGGUUCCUUCUCAUAUAAUUCAAUUUUACUGCCAGCAGAUGACACUGCUUUAUAGUAUGUUUUCCAUUUAUUAUUGCAUUUUCAGGAUUUUCUAAAAUGAUGGGUUAUUAUUAUUUAUUGCAUUUGUAUGCCACCCCAUAGCUGAAGCUCUCUGGGUGGUUUACAUAAGAUUAAGACACCUAAAAACAAUAUACAAAAAUUAAAAAUCACAAAAACAUACAAUAUACACAUACAUUUAAAACCGCUAUAACAACUUAAAAACAAACAAACUAUGAGCCUAAAAAAACCAGACCCAGGCUCAUCACAUAUUGCUAAAUGCCUGGGAGAAAAGUCUUGACCUGGCACCAAAAAGAUAACAAUGUUGGUGUUGGGCGGGCCUCAUCAGGGAGAUUGUUCCAAAGUUGGGGGGCCACCACAGUGAAGGUCGUCUCCCUUGUUGCCAUCCUCUGAGCGUCCCUUGGAGUAGGCACCCGGAGAAGGACCUUAGAUGUUGAGCGCAGUGUAUGGGUUCAUGUCGGGAGAGGCGUUCCAUCAGGUAUUGUGGUCCCAAGCCAUGUGAGGCUUUAUAGGUUAAAACUAGCACCUUGAAUCGGGCUUGGAAACAUACAGGCAGCCAAUGCAAGUGGGCCAGAAUGGGUCUUAUAUGGGCUCCCACUUGGAAACAGUCUGAGAGGCAUUGGAGGUUGAUGCCGUCAUGAAAAGUACCCGCAAACUUCCCCGAGUGACCAAUCAUGAGUGUGCAAUAAAUUGGUUGUGUGGAGAAGCUCUUCACUUUCAAAACAAAUUCCCAGAGAUAGACUAUCAAUAGUUACUAGUCCUGAUGGCUAUAGAUUAGAUAUAUACACAGAGGAGUCUCUCAGUCUUGCUUCAGUUCUUCCCUAUCAAAGGACAACACCAUAUUCCCUCGGCUACUUAUAGCCAAGAUUGUGGGUUCGGCAAUGUAUGGGUCUCAGUUGCACAAUGCAGAUAAGGCGUCCUUUGAAGUCCUUCAAAUCAAAUUCCGGGGAAUUACCUUUGCAGUCCCUGUGUCUGGACGCAGGCCUAAUUUCUAUGGAGGCUUGAGCAUGGAUUUGUUUGAUAAAUCUUUGGCUUAAACUGUCCCCCCCACCCCCUAUAGGAUUGGGACCAUUGACCCUAACAGUCAACAUGGAGAAAGCUGUUGAUGGAGAAAUUACUGACAUACAGUUUGACAGCUAGCAGAACAAGCAAGGCAUGAGUGCAAAAGCAACCUCCCACCCAUAUUCUCCAGCAACUGGUGUAUACAGGCUUGCUGCCUCUGAUACUGGAGGUAGCACAGAGCCAUCAGGGCUAGUAGCCAUGGAUAGCCUUCUCCAGGAAUUUAUCCAACCCCCUUUUAGAAUCAGAGAAUCAGAGAAUAGCAGAGUUGGAAGGGGCCUACAAGGCCAUCGAGUCCAGCCCCCUGCUCAAUGCAGGAAUCCACCCUAAAGCAUCCCUGACAGAUGGUUGUCCAGCUGCCUCUUGAAUGCCUCUAGCGUGGGGGAGCCCACAACCUCACCAGGCAACUGAUUCCAUUGUCGUACUGCUCUAACAGUCAGGAAGUUUUUCCUGAUGUCCAGCUGGAAUCUGGUGGCCAUCACUACAUCCUGUGGAGGUGAAAUCCAUGGCUGAGGUCUGUAUUGUGUGAAGAAGUCCUUCCUUUUCUCUGGGCUGAAUCUCCCACCAAUCAGCUUCAUGGGAUGAGCCCAUUGGGUUCCAGUAUAAGCAGAGGCAGCGUGUCUAUGGGCACGAGUUGCUGAGGAACGUGGGUAGGCAAAAGCUGCUGCGCUCAUGUCCUGCUUGUGGGUUUCCCAUGGGGGCAGCUGGUUGGCUGCAGCAUCUGGGCCCUCCGACGGCCCAGAGAUGACCUGCGCGUGCUGAUCCUCACCGCAGAGAUGUCUGGAUCACAAGGUACAUGUGGUGGGCUGUUCCCUUCACGGCUAGCCCAGCACUGUGAGGAGGGAGGACGGGGAGGCCACACCUGUGGGUGAUUUUUCUUAUGCUUUUCGACAUUUACAGGGACACGUCACCCAUCUGCCCCAACCACCAAGAAAACAUUGGCGAAUCUCAUAGCUCAGUUCUACCCAACCCCGGGCUCUCAAGAUGCAUUGGAAUGCAACUCCAUGCUGGAAUGGGCUACUAACUGAAUAUCUGAACCAACAGGGCUCUUCUGAUGUUCUUUGCCACGCUAGGUAAACAGAACCUUCAAGGAUAGAUGCAGUCUAUCUCAGACUGCUGUACUAUGGGCACGAAGUGUGCUUUUGGAGCCCAGGGGCUGGCCUAGGUGGGCCGUUUGCUCUGAUCCAGCAGGGCAGCUCCUAUGUUCUCACCUAAUCACCGCGAGGCUGAUUCUUGCCCUUGCAGCAGUACGUUCCUUUCUAGCAAGGGCCGCGAGCCACAAAACUGCGGUAAGCUCCUGGCAUGUGGCGAGGGAUUACGCCAGGAAAGGCCAGGGGAUCACCUGGAGCUUCUCAAAUGUGGACUUUGUUUUGUUUGCUUAUAGCAGGGUGAUCUGCUGAAAGGG